UCAGACGCCAAACUACGCGUCGUUAAGCCUUCUUUCGUCUGUUUUGGAAGAGGGCAAAUAUCUGCACAGUGGAAAAUCCUUUGAAUUCCAACAAUUCGAAUUGUUCAAAAAGGAUUAAAAAGCCAACCAAUGAUGUCGAUGGAAGUGGAUACAGGUUUCGUGGUGAACGAUUCCAGUGUGCUCCUGCCGGGCGGUGGCUUCACCAAAGCCUACUCCAACAAUUUGCCGAGCGUCGGAAGCGAAAUGAUUUGGAACUACGUGGUCCAUCUGAUGCGGUCGUCCAGCGAGAAUCCGGAUUUGGUGAAAAUUCUGCAAGCCGUUGGUUCCAGCAAGCCGGAUUUCAACGAUGAUGCCAUCUGCUACGUUCAUCUGAAGCGAGAUGAUCGGGUUUGCGUUGUCAAGGGGCAGCUCACCGUUGGAUCCGAAGGUGGUGACGUCAAAGUCUAUCAGUUAACCACGACGGUGGAUGAAAACGAGGACCGGAUUGUGUCGGUGGAAUGCAGCGAGUGUAUGGAAAGUGGCGACUGCCGACACGCCAUUAGCUUUAUCACCUGGUUGCACCGGAAGAGCGAAGGGGAUGAGAGUAGCGAAGUUGUGUGCUACUUCCGAGGUCCAUUGUCGGCCGACCUGGAAAGCAUUCCACCGAAACCACCGGUAAACAAGACAAAGUCGAAGAAUUUCAUUCGGGAGAUUGUACGCAUCCUACAGACUGAGGACAUUGACUGUCCACUGCGGUGGAAUUUUUCCGCGGCACACAAAAAGUUUGCAAAUCUGUCCAUUCACGAGAUGAUCUUGACGGCAGUGAAGAACAAAUAUGACACAGCUCAGUUCUUCGAGCAUGCCCACCAGGUCAUAACGGCGUCGCAAGGCGCACUAGCGGAUAAGACUAAAUUCACACCGAAAUGCAAUCCGUGGUACCUGGAGUUGCGCUACGCUCGCAUAACCAGUGCGAAAGUGUCCGACUGUAUCAAUCUCAAUGUAACUCAAUCGGUUCUGUACGAAACCAUCCUCGGCUGUCACAAGGAAAUCGACCCCAACGUCCAGCGAAAGAAGCUCGCAGUUCGCCAGAGGUUGGAAAAGUACACUAAGACAAAGUACGAAAACUGUAAAAUUAUCCUCAACCCCAACUAUCCCAUAAUCUUUGACGUCCCGGAUGGUAUCUGCCAGUCACACGUGAUUGAAAUCAAGUGCCCCAAAACGCGCGAUCACAUGCAAAAGUACGUCACCGAGAAUGGGUCCAUCUGCGAAAAGUACUACAUGGAGAUCCAAAUCCACAUGUACAUGCACGGCAAGACGGCCGGAGUGGUGUGUGUGGCCGAUCCAGACUUCGAGAACAACAACGAAAUCUACAUGCAUUCGUUUAACCUUAACAGAAACUUCGCCGUCAACAAGCUGAACAAGGCAAUGGACUACUGGAAAAACAUUGUCUACCCGGAACUGAUCAACAGCUGGACGGAGUAAGGGUCUGUCUCAAUUGGAUAAUUAAACUGAAAUUAAACUUAAAAGUGACAUUUCAAUAAUUAUCGAAUAACCCUGCUCGCAGAGCAAGAUUACUUUUGACAGAUAUCGAAUCAUUUUCCAUCGAUGUCCUAUUGGAAUUGCUGGGUAGCACCAGCCAUUCUUAUAACGGGGUGAUUUUUUAAUUUUCGAACUGUCACUUUUAAGUUUAAUUCUCCAAAUGAGACAGACCCUAAGUUUGCACUCAUGACAGGUAGGUUGUUGGACUGGUUCUUUCAAAAUAGAUAAGCCACUUUUCUCGUCGACAAAUACAUAUUUUAAUCUGAAUCGCGUUGAACUUCAGUGUCAGUUUUCUCCUAAACCACGCGCUCCUUUAUUCGAUAAGGACAAUAAAUACCUUUGAUGAUGCUAACACUCCCUGGUUCAGUAUGUCCGGAAGGGGGGCUGACCAAGAGGAGCGGCUCUGAUAUGCAGCAAACAAAAAUAAAAUGGCAACCUAAUAGACA